AUGGGGGCACCUGCAACCCAUGAUACAACUGGGUAUGGCAGAAGUCGGGAGGCUUUGCUUGCUCGUCGUUUAGCUGAGGAGAAGAUUUAUGGAGAAAGUUCUUCCUGUGCUGGGAGAGCUCUCAGGAAUAUUUUUACUCUACAAGCGUCUGACCUGAUUAAAGACAGGGUGUACCUUACUGGCAUUUGCAGGAGAAGCUGUGUUGGAUCGGAACUGGUAGACUGGCUUUUGGAGCAGUGCCCUUUUGUUAAGUGCAGAUCUACAGCAGUUGGAGUGUGGCAGCUCCUCCUGGAUAUGGGUAUUAUAUUAUCAGUGGACAGACAACUCUAUUUUCAAGACGCUCAUGCUUUCUACCAGUUCUCAGCGGAUGAAUGUACCUACCUUUUCUGUGAAUUUGAGAAAGAGGAAGGAUGGAAGAAUGGAGUAAAGCUCCUACUUCAACUGCUACCCUUGUCUCCUCCCAGGAUUGACAUGUGUAAUCUGCCUGAUCAAAAAAUAGAGGAUACGGCAGAAACCAAUGCUGAGAUUCUUGCUCGUCUCACUUCUGCGGAUGGUACAAAGUACAUCUUCGGCAAGUUUGCAGGUGAUGCAAAACUGGGAGAAAUGGUCAAUACAUCAUAUGGGUGUGCUGCCAUUCAGAGGGACCUUGACAGGCUGGAGAGAUGGGCCAACAGGAAUCUGAUUAAGUUCAACAAAGUGCAGUGCAAUGUCCUGCACCUGGGAGGAGUACAGAGGGAACUGGCUGCUGUAAUUGCCUUGAAAGCAAGGAAGUCAGCAAUUAAUCAAAACGAAGAAAACAGCAGUCAAGAAAUAAGAGGACUAGAAGAGCUCAAGGAUACCUCUGAUGAUCAGGCAGGAGUUUUGUGCAAGCUUCAGGGAAGAGAUGACAUCGGACGGAUUGAGCUGGUCCACAAGCUGGCGAGAGAAAACUGCCUGUUUUUGCAGGCGGAUAGAAAACCACCGGAGAAGGCAGAACAA